AGACGUUUUUAAAAUAAAAUAUCACUUCAAGGGAAGUUUUCGGAAAAUUUGGUUUUUUACUUAUUUGUUAAGAAAUUUUCAAUGCAACAGUAUUUUUGCUGAUUUCAUUGAACAGAACACAACCAAAGCUAAGUAGUGAAGUGGUGUUGAAAACAAUAAAAUUGAGUCUAGACUAAAAAUUGCUCUCUGCUUAUUAAUUUUAAAGAGGGAUUUAAUUUAUUUAUUAUUAGUUUAGGAUUCAAACUACUUGAACUCUUCUCUAUUUAUUCACUUUAGAGGAGAAUUUAAUUUAUAUAAGAUGAGGACCAUAGAUGUUUCCCAGCCACCUGAUGAUAUAGAGCUCAAAAACAUAAUUGAUAAAUUAGCUCAAUUUGUGGCUAGAAAUGGCCCAGAAUUUGAACAAAUGACUAAAAGGAAGCAAAGAGGCAACAAGAAAUUCCAGUUUUUGUAUGGAGGUGAAUAUUACACUUAUUACAAAUAUAAACUUCAGCAGGAACAAGCUAUAACUCAACAGCAGCAAGAAGCUCAGUUAAUAAAUCAAAUGUAUGUUAAUAAUCAAAUUUUAAAACAAGAAAUAAGGCAGAGUGAGCAAAAUUUGAACUCUCAGCAUAAUGUGCUUUUAGAACAACAACAGGCAGAUAUAGAGGCAACUAUAGCAAAAUGUCAAAAAAAAGACUUGGAAAAUGCUUCAAAUGAAUGUGGAAUCAAAGUAUCAGAGAUUGUUUCAAUUUUACAGCCAAUUAUAAAUAACUGUACUAAGGAUAGCAUUGGCCGUGGAAAGUCAUGGUUUUUGCAACAUGCUGAUACCAAGCAGAAGGCAGUUUUUACUGUCCAUUUUUUAUUGCAUAAGGUUUUGCAGUCCAGCACAUUUCCGGAAAAGUUGCACGUGAUAUACCUAGUAAAUGAUUUGUUGCACCAUAGCGUCAGAAAAAAAGCAAGCGAGUUAAAAGAACAAUUAGAGCUUGCAGUAGUACCCAUGAUUUGCAACGCUAGUUUAAAUGCUAAAGAAGACCAAAUGCAAAAACUAAAUAAAUUAGUAAAAAUAUGGGAAUCUAAGACAAACUACCUUAAACCAGAUACUUUGGUAAAACUACGAAAUCCAAUUAUAAGCUACCAACAGUACCAAUCAGAACAAAUGACUAAAUAUGCAGCAGAAAUAGCCGCGUUAACUAAUCAAACUGCACAAACUUUUGAAGGAUACCAAUCGCAACAUCAUGCUUUUGUUUCCCAUACAAUGCAACAAAUUGCAAAUUUGGAACUGCAAAUAGAGAAUAUUGAACAUCAAACUGUUAAUAUGAGUAUACCUCCACCUUCAUUUGAGCCUAUGGGAGCUAGUUCUCAGCAGUUGAUUCAGACUUUUCAACCUCCCAUUUUAGGAAAUGAAGUUUGUAGUAGUUUUUUGCCGAAUUUAAAUAUACCACCGCCGAAUAUAACCAUCCAUUCAAAUAAUCAAGAAGUUUCAGCUCAAUUUGAUAUCCAGCAUUCACCAUCAAUAGAGAUCAAAAAUGACUUCUCGGAAGCCCCGCUCAACUUUUUGCCACCUCCCGGAAUGCUUCCGGACGUUUCUAAGCCUCCUCCCGGAUUUCUGGAAACGGAGGUGCAUGAAUUAAUUCCCACUGCGCCGUACUAUGAGUUGCCGGCGGGUCUUAUGGUGCCCUUAGUCAAGUUAGAAGACUUUGAGUAUAAACCCUUAGAUCCUAAAGAUAUUAGAUUGCCGCCUCCUGCGCCGCCCGAUGAGCGCCUGUUGACGGCCGUUGAUGCUUUUUAUUCGUUGCCCAGUCAUGAGAGCCCGAGGGAUAGCGAGGGCUGGGAAAAACUAGGUUUAUAUGAAUACUAUAAAGCAAAAAAUGAAGCACGGAGGAAAAAGGAAGACGCUAUUAAAGAAGGUUUGCGAAUAAAAUCUCGCAGCCCAUCUCCCAUUAUUAUGACAACCUUAAAAUACGAGGCGCCGAAGAGAAGAUACAGGAGUAAAACUCCCACCCCUCCACCUAUGCUUUAUGGUAGAAACGAAAAAAGUGGAAGACGAUUAAGAUCAAGAUCUAGAUCAAGGGAUAGAAGUCGUUCAGAUAGUCCUAAAAUUAGGAGGAGCCGCAAGAAUUCUAGAUGCGUAAGAGACAGUCGAAAAAGGAGAUACUCAAAAUCCAGGUCAAGGUCAAGGACGCCGAGCCGGAUGUCUUUGUCUCCAGAAAGGCAAACUGCUGAAAGUAUAUCGUUUUCUAAGAGCAAUACCGAAUUGGAUGCUUCAAAUAAAGGCCACGAAAUUUUGAAAAAAAUGGGCUGGGGUGGGCACGGUUUGGGCGCAAAGGAGCAGGGCAUCGACUCCCCCAUUUCCGGGGGAGACGUACGAGAUCGACAAGACCAAUAUAAAGGCAUCGGGUGUAACAUCAAUGACCCUUAUGAAAACUUCAGAAAAAGUAAGGGCGUCGCAUUUAUCUCUAGGAUGAAAGCCAGGGACAAAGAAAAAGAGACUGUUGCUGUUGGUGACCGGCUUUAAUCUCGUGGCUGCUGUUGGAAACGAAGAAAUUUUGGGCCCAGAGAAUAUAGUUUGUGUUAUUUAAUAUUCUGAUGAUGCAUAUUUGGUUUAUAAAUAUUUAUUUAGUUGAAGACAUCGACUUAAUUCUUCGUCAACAUUAUUUCAUCGAACCUUAUUUCUUUUUCUGUUAACAUUAUUACUCAAUAAAGACAUUAAUUAAAAAUAAACAA